AUUGCUCUGUAUUGUUAAUCCUGAAUAGGAACUGGCUCAUUUCUCCAUGCUUAAGAAGUCCUGCACACUUGAAAGAGAAAAAAAAGUAGUUUCAAGCAGAUUUAAAACGAGGAAAAAUGUAUUUUAAUUGCGACAAAACGUAUUUUUUUUAAUGGAAACAUUAAUCGGAGGGAAGCACGUACAAUUAUAGACCUGUUUUAAAAAUCUCGGACUUUUUCCGUAUCUGGAUUUCUCAAGGUGUUUUUAAAGGUCCGCAUUUUUUUUCCUUCCUCCAGUGCCAGAUGGUUUAAAUUAUUACAUUCUUCAGUUCCUUUCGAAAGGACUUUCUUUUUCCGUUAUAAUGGGAUACUAACAAAACUGAACAUUUUAAUCGUUUUUGAAGGAACGUUAUCAAUAAGGGUGAUUUAAAAAGGCUCUAAAAAAGUAUUUUUCUUUUUUUUUUUUUAAAAAAAACGCAAUGUAGUUUGUCUCUUUGUCUGGGUCAUCGUGUUUAUGAUUUCUUCUUUUCAAGAAAAGGAUCCCAUCAUAAAUAGCACCAAGGACCUACACAUCUUAAACAGGAGCGCUGAGAGGUGACCCGCUUUCAUUCUAGACCUGGAGGACGCAUGGAUAUCCGGGACAUGCAUUAGCAGAAGUGGGAUGUUGUCAGGAAGGUCCUUGGUCCUUUGUGGCUUCUUGAUUGGCAUUGCUCUAUCAGCUGCCAGGCCUCUCUCUACUCUGCCGGACCAAGUUCCCCCGAAAUCCAAAACGGCAGUGGAAUCGUAUUCAGUCCAUCCUGGAAAUAUCAUUAGUUUACGGUGCAGGCUUCGAGAUGAUGUUCAGAGUAUCAGCUGGGUGAAAAAUGGAGUUCAGAUUUUGGCAACAAACCGCACACGUAUUACAGGGGAAGAGAUGCAAAUUUUCAACGCAGGGCUGGAAGAUAUUGGUUUAUAUGCAUGCGUUACUAAUGGUCCCUCUGGAACAGACACGGUUUUAUUCUCCGUUAACAUAUCAGAUGCCCUCCCCUCAGCUGAAGAUGAGGACGAUGAAGAUGAUAAUUCUUCCUCUGAAGAAAAAGCGACAGAAAAUAUUAACAGACGCUCAGAUCCUUUUUGGCUAAACCCAGAGAAAAUGGAAAAAAGGCUUCACGCGGUUCCAGCAGCAAAAACUGUUAAAUUUAAGUGUCCAGCAGGAGGGAACCCCUCUCCCACACUCCGCUGGUUAAAGAAUGGCAGAGAAUUCAAACCAGAUCACAGAAUUGGUGGCUACAAGGUACGUUACCAAACUUGGAGCCUUAUCAUGGAUUCAGUUGUUCCAUCUGACAAGGGAAAUUACACCUGUCUUGUUGAAAACAGAUAUGGGAGUAUUAAUCAUACAUACCAGCUGGAUGUUGUUGAGCGUUCUCCACAUCGUCCAAUUCUACAAGCUGGCCUUCCAGCUAAUAAAACAGUUACAGUGGGCAGUAACGCUGAAUUUUAUUGUAAAGUUUACAGUGACCCCCAACCUCACAUUCAAUGGCUCAGACACAUUGAAAUUAAUGGAAGUAAAAUGGCUUCUGAGGGAUUCCCUUAUGUUGAGAUUCUUAAGACUGCAGGAGUCAACACUACCGACAAGGAGAUGGAGGUACUUCAUCUGAGGAAUGUUACCUUUGAGGAUGCUGGCCAGUAUACCUGCCUGGCCGCUAAUUCCAUUGGGCUCUCUCAUCAUUCUGCAUGGUUGACCGUUCUUGAAGGUCCUUUGUAUGUUAUUGUGGAAUAUGCCUCUAAAGGCAACCUUCGGGAGUUCUUACGGGCAAGGCGGCCACCUGGCAUGGAAUACUGCUAUAACCCCACCUGUGCCCUUGAUGAGCAGCUUUCCUUCAAGGAUCUUAUCUCCUUUGCUUACCAGGUUGCACGUGGAAUGGAAUAUCUUGCCUCUAAAAAGUGUAUUCACAGGGAUCUUGCAGCAAGAAAUGUAUUAGUAACAGAAGAUAACGUGAUGAAGAUAGCUGAUUUUGGCCUUGCUCGUGAUAUCCACCACAUUGACUAUUACAAGAAAACAACUAAUGGUCGACUGCCUGUAAAAUGGAUGGCACCAGAAGCACUAUUUGACAGAAUAUACACCCAUCAGAGUGACGUAUGGUCUUUUGGUGUUCUGCUGUGGGAAAUCUUCACACUUGGAGGUUCCCCCUAUCCAGGUGUUCCAAUGGAAGAGCUCUUCAAACUACUAAAGGAGGGGCAUAGGAUGGACAAACCAACCAACUGUCCUAAUGAGUUGUACAUGAUGAUGAGGGACUGCUGGCAUGCAAUUCCUUCGCAGAGACCAACCUUUAUACAGCUAGUUGAGGAUCUUGACCGCAAUGUGGCUUUGAGCUCUAACCAGGAGUACCUUGAUCUUUCUAUACCUCUGGGACAGUAUUCUCCAUGUUUUCCAGACACAAGGAGUUCAACUUGUUCUUCAGGGGAGGACUCUGUUUUCUCCCAUGAUCCCCUACCAGAUGAACCCUGCCUUCCCAAAUACAAUAAUGGUGGACUUAAAAAGCACAUUUAAAUUUGGUGGACUUGGAAAAACAUUUUUUCAAUAAUAACAAAAUUGUCAUUUUUGCAAACAAGAAAAGAACUUUUAUUUAGCACAUUCCAAAAAUGUGAGUGUUCGGUAUCCCAGCAACGUGUUUUACUUAUUCUAUUAUAACGUGAGCCUUAAUCUUCAAACUUUAUAGGAUCUCAUUUUUAGGUGUCUUUGAGGGGACCCAAUCAUUAACUUUGGUCUAUGUUAAGGCCAGUGCAGUUAUUUAUGUUAAAUGAGAGAGAACAACAAUUUUAACAUUUUGAGAAUUCCGUAAGACACUUGAGACCAUUGUAUUGGAAUGUGAUCAUGAUCUUAAGUUUAGAAUUUAUUUAUACAUAUAUUCUUUAUACAUACCUCAUUGAAAAUGAAUAAGACCUUAACCGUUCUCUCCAUUUUGACAGUACCUCAACACCCUUGUUGAGAAGAUUCCCCGUCAUUCAUGGAUCUUGCUUUGGUACUGUUCAAGUAAAACAUGUCAUUUUUUUGCUAGCUCUUUGAGCACUUAUUAUCACUCCACAUUAACAUUUCAAAGAUCUAUGUAUUUCUUUGAAAAUGUAAUUAUACUUCUUUUUUCUUCAAAGAGGUCUCCGCGCAAUUUUCUUUCUUCCCUGAAAAACACAGGUGCCUGAAUUGAAGGAUGGAUACAGACAACUUUAAAAGCUAUGGCCAGAAAUCUGCAAAAGUAUUAUACCUAUGCUAUGUAUUUUUUUUUUUUUUUUUUUUUUUUUUUUUUAAUUCAAAUAGAAAACAAAUUAUUUCAUAUAUCUUUGAACUCGCUCUAUAGUUCAUAAGAGUUUUGCUGCUUAAAGUUUGCCUUUCUGCGUCUGGCAGUAGAUCUGAUAAAUAGUAUUCAUGGAAGUUAAAGCAUGUAGCUAAGACAGAAAUAGUGUUUUAAAAAUAAGGUACGUUCUAAAUUGUUUAAAAAGUAUAGCGUGUUUAUUGGUUUUAAACCUCAGACUUAAAAAUAAAGAUGAGCAGCAGAUUCUUUUGCUUUUCUUUCUGUAUAUAGGUAGAAAAUGUAUAAAUACAAAUUAUAAAUUUAAUUUUUUUAUGAAAAAAAAGUAUGAACUGUAUACCAAUCGACAGGAAAGUGGCUGGUAGAGGUCAGUUGCUAUAAACAAAGAAAUCAUAUUUUGCUACAUUUUUUUGUUUUGUAUUGUUUUUUUGUUUUUCCUAUUUACAUUACAUGUCUCAAAAAGGGAUAUUUACUAAUAUUAAUUUUAUACAGUGCCUUUUCAUUUGGCAAUCUAUAGCACCUAUAAAAUGUAUUUGGCUUUGUUUUAAUCUUUUGUUCUUGUGUUACAGGAUAAAACAUUUGAAUACA